CGAUAACAGAAAUGAACGCCUCCUUCCUGCAGAUCGGCUGCUUGAGUUUCAUUUACCUGUGUUACUUUUAAUAGCUCAAGAACAGUAACUCGUAGUAAAUAGUACAUUGAUGUUGUGAAUUUCGUUUCACGUUGCGGGCCCGAUGUCUGCAUUUUGUUGACAUUAGAAUGUUCUAGAUUUAUUCAAAGACGGAUACACGUCGUGCUUCAUCCACUAUAGACAAUACGCGAUUAACAAACAACAUAAUAUCAGGCCUAUAUUUGUACAGACAACGUGUGAUUCGGCUAUUCGAAUGGAUAUAUGAAGGGAUCUCUCACGCCAGGCUCAUUUUCAAACAGAGAAUCAAGUGUUGGACCAAAUCAUCGUGUUGGUAGUGCCAGCUAAGUGACAUGGAUUCUAAGAGACCUCUUAGUUCUGAAAUGAAGAAACGACCUUUUGAAACUGACCUUAGUUUAGGUCAAUAUAAAGCACGAACCGUCAUGAUUUUUUCAUUUGUAUGGGGAAUAACUCUCAUGAUCCUGCUUUUUUUUCUGACUGAUGCCCCAAGAGUUAUCCCUCUCAUCAGAAAAUCCCCUCAGGUUGAUCUGAUUAUGUACAAAGAUUUGUAUGUGCAAGACAGGUGGUCUGGGGUCGAGGCUGAUCUAACAAACGACCCAACUGUGCAUACCUAUUGGUGUGGAAAUAAGAUAUUUCGGUUCGAGGAUUAUCUCAGCCUGUUGAGUGUACUCCGAGUGCUGAGACCUGCGGCGCUCAUUUUUCACUACAGCACGCUGCCGCAAACAGAUGACGACAACUACCACACUUGGUUCUCAGAGCUGAGGCAGUCAGUGCCAAACUUAGUGCUGCGGCACACGUACCAGGGCCCUCGCUGCGGCUCGCGCGAGGUUCUCGCCUUUGGACUGCGCCAAUUGUCGAAAGAGGGAGGGGUCUAUCUUGGAGAGCGCACAGUGCUCACGCGCGAGCUGAAGGAGGCGUGGUCUAGAAAUUUGUAUUAUUACAACUUCCGUCGUCUGGAUCUGUCAUAUGACGUAAGCCAGGGAUUCAUUUUCAGCAAAAGUGGAUUUCCUGAAAAUAAGAUAGAUGACAUAGUUAACGAAAUUGUAGCGUCUAACAAGACCUGUUCCACACCAGAUGAGUUGGACUCGCAGUCUGCAAAGUUACAUUCUUACUCGGACUUGAACCCCUGCUUAGUGUUAACGGAAUCUCUUUAUCCCAGAGACGUAUGGAACAGCACUGCACGCUCUGGAGAGCUGGCCAGGUGGCUGUAUUAUGGCAGGCGAGGGCGGCAGGAGGUGUCGCCAGGGCGUCAAGGAGAGGACCUCAUCCCGCUGGUGUCUCACAUGGUUUGGGUAACAGAUAACAAGUCGGAGGAGUUCCAAUUUCUUCACUAUCUUAGCGCCCUAUCGGCGCUGCGCGUGGCAGGUUUUGAAAAGGUCUUUGUUCAUGGCGAGGUGGAACCCAAAGGAUUUUGGUGGGACAAGCUUGGACAAGAAAAUGUCACCUUUGUAAAGAUUCCUCGUCCUCAGACUGUAUUUCAGAGAGAGUUGAAGAAGCCUGCCCACCAGACGGCCGUUUUACAACUCAACAUUCUGUUCCACCACGGGGGAGCGUACCAGGAUCGUGACGUCAUUUGGGUCAGCAAACUCCCAGAGUACUUGAGGCGCUAUCCUGCCGUGGUGAAUUUAGAUUGGGCAAGACGUGGAGAAUGGCCGGAAGUCAUCAAUAUGGGCGUGGCUUUAGCUAAGCCCAACGCUGAUUGGCUGAAAUACAUGUUGCAAACAUUACGCCAUUACAGAGCAGACACUUGGGACUUCCAGACCAUGUCUUACAAAGUGUAUGAGCAGCACCCAGACAACCUUUUCAUAGACAGAUAUCUUCAGGUUGUUUGUUACAAAGGAAUCUGUCAUCCAGCCUGGCAGACGGACUAUCAAAGAGAAAGGGACGAUUUUCAACCAAUCAUCAACUACAACUGGCGAUCAGCGCGCGCUUUCCAUUUCAUUCUACCCAAGCCUCCAACAAGUCUGACGUCACCGGAAGCCAUCAAAGAAGGAUUCGGCAUGUUUGCAGAAAUGGGCAGAAUGAUAUUAGAGAAAAGUGGACAGGCCGAUUGCAUCAGAUAGAAAAGAACAAUUGUUUGUUUGAUUGUUUACAAUGGUGUCCACCAUGGGCGUAGCCAGGAUUUUUUUUCGGGGAGGGUUUUGGGGGGGGGGAAUCUAUAUGUGUGUGUGUGUGUGUGUGUGUGUGUGUGUACACACACAUAAUUAAUCUUUAUUACAUUCUGACCCUUUCUGAAGACGUUUAUUGUUUAUUGUAGACUCCCCGCCCUUGCUAGCAAGGACUUCGCAGCGCUCCGCUGUUCGCCCCGCCGCCGAGCACCAUUUCUGGUAUUGAAAGCCAACAAAAUGUAUAUUCUGAGGUAUCUACAGUGCAUUAUCUUGCUAUUAAAAAGUUUUAUUUCAAUAACCUAAUGUGCUAUUCUUACUGACUUUAAACCCUCUAGCGCCGUUCGGCGCAUUUUCCGGCAGGCUGUUUCCGCAACUCUUAUUUUGCGUAAUUCAUUUUGUCGGAAAACAUGUCCCGCAAAACCUCAUGCGACGCUCUGUCACAACCUUACUAAGGGUUCGACUCCCAGUUCGGCAUAUGAUUUCUUUGAUUUAGACCCGAUCUCUAUGACUGACUCCUAAAAUCUGUCUUAGCCAUCUUUGUUGAAACACAUUUAAUGAUUUUCAAUUUCGGCAGAAGACUAUUUACACUUAAUUAAUGGAGCCCAAGCCACUGGUAGAAAUUUGUAACCUUUCUUAACUACGCUCUUGGAAUUACAUGCCUGUAUUUCGCUUUUGAUUUUAUAUCGAAAAAAAAGUUUUUUCGUCAAAUCAUCUGUUGAGGGGUUUUAAACUAAAAAAUCUCUGUUUUUUUUUUUUUGUUUUGUUUUUUAAUUCAAAACCCCAUUUAGCUACGAUCAUAGAAUUUGGUGACUGUAGUUUGCUUUAAAACAAUAUUGAAGAGAGAGGUUUUCAACUCUAAACGCUCUGUAUGGGAAUUUUAAACUCAAAACCAUCUGGAGGGGUUUUAAACUUUAAAGAAAAAGCCAUCUGGAGGAGGGGGAUUUAAACUCAAAACCCCUUAAGCUACGCUCAUAGAUUUUAUAGUGUGUAAUUUGCUUUUUUUUAUAUUGAAGAUGGGGUUAUCGUAAAUUUUGGAUGGGGUUUUAAAAUCAAAAUCUUCCUCAACUGUGCUGUUAGAAUUUGGGUAUUGUUGUUUGCUUUUUUUUGUUUUGUUUUAUAGAAGAGGGGGAUUUAACUGCAAAAACCUCUGGUAGGGGGUUUAAAAUUAAAAAACCCCUGUAGGGGGUUUUAAACUCAAAGCCCUCUGGUAGAGGCAUUUGUAUCUCAAAACCCCCUGAUAGGGUUUUUUAAAAUCUCAAAACCCCCUGGUAGGGGGAUUUAAAGUCAAAACCCCUGGUAGAGGGUUUUUAACUCAAAACUGCCUCGGCUGUGCUGAGUUAAGUGAUGAUUUAGUAUUAAAAUCUCACCUAAAAUAAACAAAAUAAAAGCAAAAAUCAGUCACUUAAUUACGCCCCCCCCCCUGCGGGGGGGGGGAUUUCAUUUCGGGGGGGGUUUGAACCCCAAGAACCCCCCCCUGGCUACGCCCAUGGUGUCCACUAAAUAUUUGUGCAUGCUAGUCAUUCAUGUUUUAUUUUAGGAGAAGAGAGAUCUGUGGUCUGACUGUCUUCUGGUGCAGAUAUCGUGUACUUUAACAAGCGUAUUUGUCCAUCUUUUUUUAAAAUUUUUUAUUUUAUUUGGUUCUUGUUACAACAGAUAUGACGAAAGACAUUGCAUUGAGAACUUUGGUACUGUCAAUAGAUAGUAAAGUCAAGGUCAAGGUCAUUGUUGAACAAAUGUAAACUAUCUGGCAGAUUGUAACAUUGUAAGGACACUAAAGUUAACAUUCAGUUAACAUGGGUCACUAUAAAAAAAAGUAAAUUUUUGUUCUUGAAAACGAUGCAGAAAUUGGAGGCGGGGACAGUGGCGUAGAUAGGAAUUAGCCAUCAUUUGGGGGCCCGGGGUGCUUGACAUCUUUAGGGGGCCCUGCAUUUUGACAAUCGACAUCAUGACAUGUAAUAAUGGCGUAAUAUUUAAUAUUGAAUGUAAAAGAAAAAAUCCAACACUUAUUUGUGGGCCCCUUCAAGUGGGGGCCCAGGGGAGAUUUUCGAAUCCUCCCAAACCCCAUCCUAGCUACGGCACUGGGCGGGGAGAAGUAAAAUGUUAAAAGAUCAUUGUUGUGAUCAGAUCUGUAAAAGGUUGCUCUAGUCGGAGCCAAGCCUGGGUUUGACAGAAACAAGACUGCGGGAACAUUUGUGUAGCCUUCCAACUCUGAUUCUAAAUCUUCAGUCAAAACAGACUGACUUAGACACGCACAUGUUUUUUUUUGUUGGACCAGAUAGUGGUCAUUCUGAUUCUAAAUCUCCAGUCAAAACAGACUGACGUAGACAUGCACAUGUUUUUUAUUGUUGGACCAGAUAGUGGUCAUUCUGAUUCUAAAUCUCCAGUCAAAACAGACUGACUUAGACAUGCACAUGUUUUUUUUUGUUGGACCAGAUAGUGGUCAUUCUGAUUCUAAAUCUCCAGUCAAAACAGACUGACUUAGACAUGCACAUGUUUUUUUUUGUUGGACCAGAUAGUGGUCAUUCUGAUUCUAAAUCUCCAGUCAAAACAGACUGACUUAGACAUGCACAUGUUUUUUAUUGUUGGACCAGAUAGUGGUCAUUCUGAUUCUAAAUCUCCAGUCAAAACAGACUGACUUAGACAUGCACAUGUUUUUUAUUGUUGGACCAGAUAGUGGUCAUUCUGAUGUCCUCUGUGAUGUACACAUUGCUUUCAGAUCUGACUUUGAUUGGCGCGUGUAGUGAUGUAUUUAUUGAUUGCUAGAAAACCUGUUAAGUGUUGCAGCUGCUAAAUGAGCCUAUCUUAUCAGAACUAUUUAUUUUAACUGAUAUGUUCAUGUUGCAAUGUUUCUACAGACUGAAAGUUGGCAGUUUUGAAAUUGUUGUUUCAAGUAAGACAUUCAUUGGAGAUGUAGAUCACUGCAGAAAUACCGCAGCUCUAGAAGAUUUUUUCAUUACAACUACGCAACAAAGGUCGCUACAUAUUUGAUAUAUUUGAGUUGUUUUGAACAGGCCAUCUGGAGACCUCUAGCCGGAUAUCAACUUUCUUUUAAUGCUGCACACAUUUAUUGAUUUUGAGACUGGUCACUUUUCACAGGGUGUUGUGUCCAAUUAUUAUCAACUGAGGUAACGGUUGUCGUUUAAAACAUUUCAAUGCAAGUUUUAAACUUUUGACUUAAAAUUCUAAAUUGAAUCAUGUAUGUAAGAGUUGAUUAGAGUGGGAGAAAGGGAGACAGGGAGAAUGAGAGAUAUAUAGGAUAUACAUACAUAUAUAUAUAAAGAGAGAGAGAGAGAGAGAGGAUAGAAAGAGAUUGACAGAUAGAAAGGGUGAGAGAGAGAGAGAGAGGAUAGAAAGAGAUUGACAGAUAGAAAGGGUGAGAGAGAGAGAGAGAGAGGAUAGAAAGAGAUUGACAGAUAGAAAGGGUGAGAGAGAGAGAGAGAGAGAGAGGAUAGAAAGAGAUUGACAGAUAGAAAGGGUGAGAGAGAGAGAGACAGAGUUAUAUUAACUUGUCAAACUAAUUACGUCCAUUGUUUAAAUUCAUUUUAUUCUAUCUGUUUAUGCCUACUAUAAAAGCUUGUGUUUAACUUUUCUAGUAUUCAAAACAUAUCUUAAUAACAUGGUCAAUACUAAUCAUUGAAUGCUUAUAACAUUAAAUCAUUUGUCGACAAAC